GAGACAAGCAUGGAGAUAGGCGAAAGCCAUUGGAAUAGGGGAUUCGGAGGGCCCAAAGGAGGGAUACUAAGACGUAUAUAAAAUGUUGGGCUCUCACCAGUGCGACUUUUUUUGCACUGAGCGAAUUCUGCUGUAUAUACAAUACGUACCAUGGCAUCCUACCUAGUUACCGGCAGUACUCGUGGGAUCGGCUUUGAAUUGGUGCGCCAAUUAUCAGAAAAGCCUCUCUCAGAGGUCAGAACCAUCAUUGCCACCUCACGAUCGGUCAAUGCCUCCCUGCAGGACCUAGCGGACCGGCAUCCCAGCCGAGUCGUGCUAUUCCUCUUAGAUGUUGCGGUCCCCGAGACCAUACAAAAAGCUGCUCAGACCAUCGAGAGCAUAUUAGGGGACAAGGGCCUGGAUGUACUCAUUAACAAUGCUGGCAUCGUGGGCUGGGGCCAGCUCAAGAACAUGACGGACUUGGAAGACACGUUCCGUGUCAAUGUGACGGGGCCUCAUAUCGUAACCCAGAACUUCUUGCCGCUAUUGCGGAAGGGCUCUAUGAAGAAGAUCAUCAACAUUUCCAGCAGCGUCGGCUCCAUUGCAAAGCAGUCCGUCUUCCGGGAACUGCCCGCCCCCUCCUACAAGAUUACCAAGGCUGCCUUGAACAUGAUGACGGUGCUUUAUUCCCAAGAGCUUGAAAAGGAAGGGUUCACCGUAUUCUGUGUGAGUCCUGGGUGGUUGAAAACAAGCGAAGCAAAUUCACACGCUGAUCUUCCGGUCGGAACUGGAGUCGAGCGCGUUUUGCAGAUGAUCCGUGAUCGGGGUGUGGAAGUCAAUGGAAGAUUCUUGAAUAUUCAUGUUGCUGGGUGGGAGAACAACCCUGGUUUAAACCAGUAUGAUGGAAAGGAGCUGCCAUGGUAGACUGUCUAAAUGGCUGAUCGACGGUGGGAGGAACUAAGAGCUGAGCUCUGUGGAAGAUAUCAUGACGCGAUACGUAAUACUUCGAUUUAGAUACGCAAC